UUAUCAUUUUUUACAAAUCAGUGGAAAAACAAUUUCGAACCACUUGUUUCGACCUGGAAGAAGGUAGACCAUUAUCAACUUGUAGUUUGAAUGCUGAUCGAAGAGGCCCUCACCAAAAUGUAAUAGCUUAUUCCAUUUAUGGCAAUUUUUCACAAGAGGAAAUUGUCCAUCGAUAUUUAAAGCCUCUCAAAGAGACGCUCGAGAAUAUUCCAUCCAUUUAUCCAGGCUGGAUUGCAAGAGUUUAUCACAACCAAACCAAUGACGGUACACCAACCUGGACUAUGCUAAGAAAGGAAUUAAACGUUGGAACACACGUGGAUUUGUGCAACGCAACGCAAAUCCUUCACGAAAAUAAACUAGACAAGAUUACAUUUGCCAAGACUUGGCGCUGGGUAAUUAUUUUAAAUUCCUUUUGCAUACUACCCAAUUAACUUUUGUUUAACUACGUGCAACACAAGUUACCUUUACUAGAUGAAAUGGUUGACACUUUCAUGUCGAGAGACUCGGACAGUCCGAUUAUUCAGCGUGAAAAAGACGCUGUCAUUGAAUGGUUAGCCAGUGAUAAGGUUUUCCACAUCAUGAGAGAUCACCAUGCUCACUGCACUUCAAUUCUCGCAGGAAUGUGGGGAGCGAAAAUCAGCCAACAUCGUUCUGAAAUCGCUGCUGCAUCGUACAAAAUUUUAAAAAGGAAUCAUCGCAUGGAAUACGAUUACGAUCAGCUUUUGUUAAGCAAAUACAUGUGGCCAAUUGCUAUAAAAAAUAUGAUGGCUCAUGAUAGCUACUGCUGCAAGAGAUUCCCACAUGUCAAGCCGUUUCCCACAAAGAGAAUUGGUGUCCUUUUCAUUGGAAGCAGAGGUUUACCUGGUGAAGGCCUAAAAUUUGUAUGCCCCAAAAAAUGUCGUCCACUCAAUGCCACCAGUCCAGAGUGGAAGUUUUGUUGAAUUUUUCAUUCCAU